AUGGACGCACAAGCCUACCUAAUCAAACACGGCUGGUCUGGCCCCGGCAACCCGCUCAACCCAUCCUCUAGACCAGGCCUUCACGGUGGUCUCGGCCUCACCCGACCGAUUCUCGUCGCACGCAAAUCCAACAACCACGGCGUAGGCAAGAAGACAACAAAAGACGCAACGAACCAGUGGUGGCUGCGCGGUUUCGAAGACGCUCUCAAGGGCGUCGGCGACGACAGCUAUGAAGCGACCUCAGCACGCCAGAAUAAUGCCCUCACCAGUGAGCUUUAUCGUCAUUUUGUGAGGGGGUCUGGGUUGGCGGGGACGCUUGAUCCGAAGAAGGAGAGUGAGGACACAUCUGCGUCUGCGCCUGCGUCUGCAUCAAAGCGCAAGCGUGAAGACAGCAAAGAUGAUUCUAAAGCUGGGAAGGCAGCUAGGAAGGAGGAGAGGGCUGUUAAGCGGGCGCGGAAGGUCGCGAAGAAAGAGGAGAAGGCCGUGCGGAAGGAGGCGAGGCGGGUGAAGAAGGCUGAGAAGGCCGAGAGGAGGGAGGCGAAGGAGGCCGAGAAAGCUGCAAAGAAGGCGAAGAAGGCGGCGGAGAAGACUGCGGAGGAAGAUUAUCCUACGCCUAUGUCGAUUGAUCCUGAGUCUGAACAGACGGUGAAGGUUGAUUUGGAUGAGGCUGCUGCUCGACUACGGGAGAAGAAAGAGAAGAAGGAAAAGAAGAGUACGGAAGGCUCAGACUCAAAAAAGAAAUCUAAAAAGGAUAAGGAGAGCAAGGUCAAGGCCUGA